AAGAGGAAAGAAAGAAGGGGGGGGGGGCAACCGGCUGAGCACAGUGGGCCUGGCUGGAUAUAAAUAUAAGCUAGGGUGUUUCCAGGUGUCUUCUGAUCAUUCACCUGACACCAUGAGUCUGCUGGCUUUGCUGCUGAUGGUUGGAGCUGCUGCUGCAGUUCCCCGCGAAGAUGGCAGGAUCAUUGGCGGGCAGGACUGUGAGCCUCACUCUCGUCCAUUCAUGGCCUCCCUCAACUAUGGUUACCACUUUUGUGGUGGGGUUCUCAUCAACACACAGUGGGUGCUCUCCGUUGCCCACUGUUGGUACAAUCCCUAUUACAUGCAGAUCAUGCUGGGAGAACACGAUGUGCGAGUGUUUGAGGGUACUGAGCAGCUCAUGAAGACCAAUACCAUCAUCUGGCACCCUAGUUAUGACUACCAGACUCUGGAUUAUGACAUCAUGCUGAUCAAGCUCUUCCACCCAGUAGAGGUGACUGCAGCAGUCGCACCCAUCCCGUUGCCCACAGGGUGCCCAGUAGGAGGGCUCCCCUGCUCUGUGUCUGGCUGGGGUAACACCGCCAUGGAUGGGGUGAAUCUGCCCACCCGUCUGCAGUGUUUGGACGUGCCCAUCGUGGAUGACCAGGCCUGUGAGAACGCCUAUCCUGGCAUGAUCACACGCAGGAUGGUGUGUGCUGGAUACAUGGAUGGAGGCAGAGAUGCAUGCAAUGGUGACUCCGGCAGCCCUCUGGUGUGUCUUGGAGAGGUCUACGGCCUGGUUUCAUGGGGUCAGGGAUGCGCCGUGCCUAACUACCCUGGAGUCUAUGUCAAAGUGUGCGAGUUCCUUCACUGGAUUGAAGACACCAUGGCAGCCUAUCCUUGAAGAAAUUACUAAUUUUCACUUUUAUUUUUCUUCACUCCUCCCACUUGUUCCCCUCUAUUCUCUGCAAUACAUGACCAUAAAUUCCUAAUUUCUUUUCUAUCUAUUUUUCUUUCACGGGUGCCUUGUCUCCUUUAAAGUUUCCCCCUUCAUAUAUCCAGACUCAACACACUUCUGCCAGAAUGUAGAAGACAAAAUAAAACCACUUAUAUUCA